GCUUGCUUUUCGGUCAACGUGUUUCCAAACAUGCAGUUGCUUCUUCAAGUUCAGAUCGUUCACAACGGUUUCACAUGCGACAAAAAUGUUAGAACUAAUCGCUGUAUUGUUUGUGCUUUUUAUAAUAUUCUUUGAGUAUUGUAAAUGGUCCAGGACGUACUGGCAAAACAGGAACGUGAUUUGUCUUGAAGAGCAACUGACUCUAAAGAAUUUUCCGAAACUGAUUUGGAAAAACUUCCAUCUUGAGCGUCAAGUUGAUGAAAUUUACACUGAACUGAAGAAAAACGGUUUAAAACAUGGUGGUGCUUACUUUUUAAAUGAACCUGUUUAUGUUCCUGUUUCUUUGGGAUUCCUGGAGAAGGUCCUGGUUGAUAAAUCCACACAUUUGUGCCCAGAGUACAAAGAAUUGGUGAAAGCUUCUGGCUCUGUUUUGGAUAAAAUAUCUCCGAGUGAAGUUUUGGAAAAAGUGGAUUUGAAGAAGCGAUUUGAGAGAUCUAUAGGGGUCAAAAUUGGACCUAAAGUUGCCACACAAUUGUUUUUGAACGAGUUGGAAGGAAUAUUAGAUAGUAAACGUGGAAUUGGUGGGUUUAAGAAGAUGGCGGAAACUCUCUGUAGGUGUUUGGAAGAGAUUGCUAAAAAUGAGAGUGCUAGAAACAAAAUAGUAUCGUUUGAGAAAACACAGCAAGGAUCAGGAUUAGAAAAAGGAAAAGAAGACUUCUUGAAUGCUAUAAUACUAGAAACCAUUCGGAUGUACCCUGUUGUACCAUUUUUGACUAAAAAGUGUCUCAACCCUCUAAAUAUCCCUGGCACUGAUGUAACAUUAGAAAAAGGAACUAAGGUUCUAAUCCCCGUAUCCGGAAUCCAUAGAGAUUCCGAUAAUUUUGUAGAGCCGGACUAUUUCAACCCCCAAAGGUUUCAACGCGAUAACCUGGCCCUCAUACAGGCACUUACGUACUGGAAUAUGUACAGUAAAAAGGAAAUGGAAUUUUUGAGAGGAUCGUUGAAAGUUUUGAUUCAGGAUGGUGUCUUAGGGGUUAUAUAGAGCAGUUAUAAAAAUAACUGUUACUAAAACAAGCCCUGACUAUAUAUUUAAUAAUNAU